UGUUGUAUAACAUCUGUAAAACUUAUUUCUUUCGGAAUGGAAUGUGCUCGUAAAUGUUUACGCAUAUUACAAAGUAACCAUCAUAUUGUUACACGCCGCAUUGCAAUGACUUCCUCGAGCCGUGCCAAAGAGGUCAUUGAGCAGCUAAAAGAUGCCAAUCCCUACUAUUCAAAGUAUGCCGAUAAAAUAGCAAAAAUGCAACAAACAUCGGCCGAGGAAUUCUUGGAUCGCAUUGAGCGUGUUAUCAAUCCUAUUAAGGAUGGACAAAGUCAGGCUAGAUCCUAUUCGGAGCUAUUGAAUCCAAAGCAGAAGCUGGAAGAGGAAGCUGCUGAAUUGCCGCACAAGAAGCUCAGCGAUAUUAUGAAGCUGGAGCUGAUUGAGGACAAGAAUGCCGAAGAGAUUGCACAAAUCUGGAUCGAAUAUCAUAAGACUAAGGCUGUGCUGGCUGCUACUUUGACUACAGAUCAGUAUGAGACGCUAACUUCACGCGCCAAGAAGCAUCCAAUAUUCCUGCUGCCAUUGCCGCGUAGUGAGGGCUUUGAGUUCAUCAUGUUGCAGUUUUCCGCCAACACGGUGCACUUUACACCUCUGCUGGCCUAUCAGGUGCAUCAUGAGAAUGCUCCCGAAUGCCUCACUUUGGUUCAUUACACGGAGAUGCAGGAUAAGGGAAUUGUCCUGAUGCGCGGAGAGUACGACUCAAAGGUGCUAACUGCUCAGGAGGCUCAAUGUCUGGCAAACGAGCUGCAAAUGUUCUACUACAAGACGGACGAGAAUAAGCUGAAACUUCUUGAAACGUUCACCAAAAGUCCCGAUGAGUUUAAGCAUAUGGAUCUGAUCAAGGAAGUCGAAAAUAUCCAGCUUGCCUAGAUAUUGCAUUAGAUUUCCAACUAAAAGUCUAUUAAAUAAACCAGGAAUCACAAACACA